CCAGUUAGAUUAAAGAAAUAAUUGCGAACGUCAGUCACGUACGUCAGUCACUGUUACUAAUCUGAUUUAUAACUUAUACGGGUAUAGUUUUAAGCAGUAUAAUUAAGUGAUGUUCGUCUAUUGGUAAAAUGGAAUUAAAUGAAUUAAAUAGGGAUCCUUCGCGGCCGUUGAACGUUGUUCGUAUCGCGACGAAUGGUAUCCGUGAUGGUCCCUCUAAUCCUCCUCCUAAGCCCCCGGAGUUUAUUCCCCCUCAUAUUCAGCAGCAAGAACAACAGAAACGAAAAUGGUACAAAUUCUGCUACGAUAAACAAAAUAAAACUGUUUGCGACAGAUCUUGCACGAGCUGGCUCUAUAUUUUGUCUUACUCGAUUUUCUACAUCAUAUUUCUGUGCGUGUUCACAUUGAUUUUACUUUAUGCAUCCCUAUGCAUCAUUAAAAGUACUGAAGUUUACAAUAGCGAGCCUGAAAAAUUACUCUUAUGUCCCGGACAUAGUAAUAUAGGCUUAACUGCCAUACCGACUGCUGUGAAUAAAAUGUCACUGAUUUCAUACAAAGAUAGUGAUUAUGUGAAAUAUGUGGACGCCCUGGAAAAUGUCGUCAGUAAAAAGUAUUCAGACGUUACUAAGCAGCUAGGACCGUGUGGAGUAGCGCCUUUCGGAUACGGAGACACGCCUUGUGUUGUUAUAAAAGUAAACAGACAUUACGGCUCAAGCGCAUUACCUCUGAAACCUCGAAGUCUCAAUUCUACUGACAUUCCGCGUAACAUUAAGCUAUUGGCAAGCACGGCUCCCAAGCUCUGGUUGCAAUGUAGCGGCAGCAGUCCUUAUGAUACAGAACAUAUUGGUACAGUUAAGUACUAUCCAGACCCUCCAGGAUUCGACCCAGGAAUAUACGAUCCGGCCAACGACUCAGACACGGGUCUGGUCGGAGUGCAGUUCUCCAAUUUUACUAAAGGAAUGGCUUUAUCAAUUGAGUGUAGUUUGUAUUAUAAAGGCGGUAAAUCUACAGUGGACUUUGUUCUUUACGUUAGCAGUUUGAAAAAAUAAAGUAAGGAUUAUUUUUA